CAUGAUUAACGUGAUCACGCCACCUUCGAGGGCUUGGUUAGUUGUUGUUUUGAAGGUGCACCAUCAACCACCACCACCACCACCAUCCAUUGGUGACAUUUUCUCGAUGCCUUCGCCCUUGCCUGAUCUUCAGCAUCUCUGAACGUCCACCUCGGCAGAUCAACCAACCCCUGCUUGUCUCUCGCUCCCCUUGACGCCAAAGAUGAACACCAGCAAGACCAACAACUUUGCCACCCACGUCCCAUCGUGGCUCGGCGGCCGCCCGCAGGAUGUGGGCAUCGUCGCCAUGGACGUCUACUUCCCUUCCAUGUAUGUCUCCCAGCAAGACCUUGAGGCCUACGACGGCGUCUCCCAAGGUAAUGAGUACACGCGGUUUGACUUUUCGCCCGAGUCUCGCGACACGAACCUGUUUCCCGGCACGUUCUUCCUGGAUCGUGUCGACAGCCUGGAACGGCGCUACUACGCACAGAAGCGCGCAAUGCACACGUGCGCUGCUGCCGUCGCUGCUGUGCCCCGUGCCCUCCCCACCACCGCCUGUGCACAGCGCACGGUGUAUCCUGCUGCACGCACGCUCAUGUCGCUCACCACGCUUGGCCGCCGUCUCCUCCGCAGAUGA